UCACUUUAACAGGUGAAAAAAACCAAGUGAGAUGGUAAAAUCUUUGUUUUUCAUUUAGUUGCCUAAUAAUUCUGCACACUAAUAGUUGCCUAAUAAUGAUGUACAUAGAAAUAUUCUCUUAAGAAAGCCAAAAUUUCACUUUUACUACUUAAAUGUUCAGGUUUGAGCGUUUGUUAACAUUUUAAAUUGACCAAGAGCACCAUAGUUGUACAAUAACAAAAGUAAUCCUCAAAAAUACAACUUGCCUAAUAAUUCUGCACACAGUGUAUAUAGAUAAAAGCAUCUGCCAACUACAUAAAAUGUUUGUGCUGCAGAGCAAUUUGUUGUUAGGCCGACAGGUGGCGGUAUUGCACGUGCAGACAAACCACUGAACCUGCUGCCUGUACUGGAGAAGAAGCGUACCGACUAUUUUCAAUUUUCUCGUACCAGCCGCCCCGUAAACUUGAGAACCAGAAAAAUCACAUUUAAGGACUUAUCAGCAUUCAUUUAUAGUUAUUUGACUAUUAAAUAAUGCAUUCAAUAGAGGUAUCAAUCCCGUCUUUUCGAUCGGAGGGCAGUAAUGUGGACAAGGGCUACACGGUUUUUAAGAUCGAGGUGCUUAUGUGUGGUAGACAACACACGGUAGAGAAACGAUACAGUGAGUUUCAUGCUCUACAUAAAAUGCUCAAAAAGAUCAUAAAACCUCCUGAAAUCCCUUCAAAGCAUGUGAGGAACUGGGUUCCCAAGGUUCUCGAACAGAGAAGACAUGGAUUAGAGCUUUACCUUCAGACUAUGAUCAUGGAAAAUGAGGUGCUUCCAAAGAUAUUCUUGGAUUUCCUCAAUAUCCGCCAUUUCCCGUCACUACCGAAAGCAGAGAGUUGUGGGUCAUUUGAAACUGAAUCAGAUGAAUCAAGUAAACUGACACACCAGCCAACGCUGAUCUUUCAGAGGGAUCCAUAUCUGCUGCCAGACACCAAUGAUACAUUUUCAAAUAUGGUCAUUGAAGGUGUGAUACGUGGAAUAUUCUAUCCGGACUUCCAGCCGAGGUAGAAUGGAGCGCUGCGGAAAACAUCACUUUCACGGAUAAAAGGGAUUCGUAUUACCAACACUAAAUCGCCCAGCGGCAGUUUAAAGGAUUAGUCCAUUUUCUUAAAAAUCCAGAUAAUUUACUCACCACCAUGUCAUCCAAAAUGUUGAUGUCUUUCUUUGUUCAGUCGAGAAGAAAUUAUGUUUUUUGAGGAAAACAUUCCAGGAUUUUUCUCAUUUUAAUGGACUUUAAUGGACCCCAACACAACA